AUGCCAGCCCAACAGAAGAAAGUUGUUUUCUGCAUAGCUGGUGUGUUCAGUUUUGCUUGUGCUCUGGCCAUUGCAGCAGCUAUAGGAACUCAGCUAUGGAUCCAAGGAAAAAUUCUUUGCAAAACUGGAGCAUUGCUGGUUAAUGCUACUGGACAGGAAUUAGAUAAAUUUAUUGGUGAAAUUCAGUAUGGACUAUUCUAUGGGGAGAGGGUUAGACAAUGUGGCCUUGGAGGGAGACCUUUUCAGUUUUCAUUUUUUCCAGAAUUAUUCAAAAUUAUGCCUGCAAGUAUCCAUGUAAGUGUCAUCCUCUUUUGCUUGGCAUUAUUCGUCUUUGCACUGAUUGGAACCGGCUUCUUCAUGUACAAUGCAUUUGGCAAUCCUUAUGAAACCUUACAUGGUCCAUUAGGACUCUACCUGUGGAGUUUCAUUUCAGUUUCUUGUGGCUUUCUUAUUUUGAUACUGUUUUCUUCAGAAGUGAAAAUCCACCACCUCUCUGAGAAAAUAGCUAAUUAUAAAGAAGGAAGUUUUAUUUUUAAAACUCACAGUGAGCAGUUUGCAAAAUCCUUCUGGAUCAUCCUGGUGUGCUCAUUAGUACACUUUAUGAACAUUUUGCUUAUACGCCUGGCUGGAUUUGAGUUUCCUUUUUCAAAAUCAAAAAAUUCUGAGACACCAAAUGGAGCAAUAGAUCUAAUGUACUAA